GAGUCCAAGGCUGGAGCCCAGAGAGAGUCUGGCUCCACCUCCAUGACUGGGCAUAUGUUGCACUCCUACCCUGGAAGACAUUGCGCGAGUCCCUCCUCUGCCUGGCACCUCGUGCAUUCUCAGCUGUCCCAUCCAACUGAGCAACCAGCAGCGAUGGCAGCGGGCCCUUCCAACAUUGGGGAGGAGGUAGAAAUGUGCAUCGAGGAGGAACUGGCACUUGGGAGCCAUAGGCAAGGCCAAGGCCAUCCGAUGAUAGCAGACACACUGGACCAUGGACCUAGGUCGCUGGGUGUUUCCCAGAGACAUCAGAAGGUGGAACGAAAGGCUGCUGUCUCCAUUUUAGCCCAAUCACCUUGGAAUAGGAUUUCCUCCAGGACCAAGAGAGUGGAGCACCAGGAGAAGGUGCCCAGGAUGUCCAGAGAGGCAGGCCACGGUGAUGCCCAUUUCCAGGAGAACCGUUUCAGCUUCCAAGGCCAUAAUGACCUCAAGCUGGGGAUAGAUCUGCUGGCAGAGCUUGGCCUGGGUGAGUUCAGUGGACUGGAGAUGGAAAUCCUAAGAAGACAGUUGCUUGUGAUCACCGAGCGUGUGCGUGCCCUCGAGGAUCAGAAUGUCAUCUGGCGCUUCAAGGAGGCAGUAUUCUUCACCUUGAUGAUAUCGUCUUGCAUUGUCAACAUAUGGCUGUGGAUGCACCAGUGAAGAGGGAGAGGACAGCAGUACCCUACUCCUACAGUGACAAGUAACAGCCUUCUGUGGCCCCAGUGGCCCUUUCAUCCCAUCCCCUGCUUUGGUUUCGGCUUCCUUUCCCCAUUUGCUUCCACGCUGUGCACAGGGCUCCUCAGGGCCUCAAUAAAAGCUUAUUGAUAGCAACAAGA